AUGGCAUCCAAAACAAAGUCGACCAAAACAAAAUCUUCAAAAACAUCAAAAUCAGAAGAGAAAUGGAAGGAAAAGAUGAGCUUCUUGAAUGAUAUUGACCAAGAAAGUGAUAGAUUCCAGGCCAUUCAAAUAGCUGAUGAUGCAAAUGAAGUUAAAAAGAGUGGGAAAAAGAAGGCAGACAAAAUGAAAUUGAAAAAGGCCGUCGACAACGAUGUCAAUGAUGGGGAUGAUAAACAACCACCUGCCUCAACAAAAGCCACCAAAUUAGCUCCUAAACAGGAAAAGAAAAAGAAGAAACCUGCAAAAAAUGAUGAUGAUGAUGAGGAUGAAGAUGAUGUCAAAGAUAGUACUGAUAGUGAUUGUGAUAAAAAAGAUAGAGGUUCAUCUAAACAUGAUGAUGAUGUUGGAGAUGAUGAUGGAAUGAACUACAAUUAUGAUGAAAAUGAAGGAGCCAAAGCAAUAGAUGAAGUUGAAGAAGAUGCACCAAAGUUAUCUAAAAAAGAAAUGAAGAAGAAGAAAAAGAUGGAAGCUUUCAAUAAAGAAUUAGGUGAGAUAGACCAGUUCUCGUUAAGUCAGGCCGAAAAAUCCACCACAAAAGUUGCAUUACUAGAAAACACUCUGGAUAUUAAGGUAGAGCCAUUCUCCAUAUCAGCAAAGGGUAAAGACUUAUUUGUGAACGCAUCCCUCCAAAUUACUAAUGGCAGAAAAUAUGGACUAGUUGGUCCGAAUGGCCAUGGCAAGACGACCUUAUUGAAGCAUAUAGCAUCUAGAGCAUUCAACAUACCAUCAAAUAUUGAUAUACUUCUUUGUGAACAAGAGGUACAAGCAGAUAGUACAAAAGCAAUAGAUGCAGUAUUGAAUGCAGACAAAAAGAGGCUUGCUCUACUACAGGAGUGUGACAAACUUGAAAAAGAGGCUAAGGAAUCUGAUAGAUUGAAAGAGGUAUACGAAGAGUUACACAAUAUGGGUGCCGACUCGGCUGAACCACGAGCCAGACGAAUUCUCGCUGGUCUCGGGUUCACGAAAUCCAUGAUGGACAAGUCGACGGAAGAAUUUUCAGGUGGCUGGAGGAUGAGAGUGUCUUUGGCUAGAGCCCUGUUCCUGGAGCCAACAUUGUUACUACUUGACGAGCCGACCAAUCACCUUGAUCUUAAUGCCGUCAUUUGGCUUGACAAUUACCUACAAGGCUGGAAGAAAACAUUGUUAGUAGUGUCCCACGAUCAAAGUUUCCUUGAUAACGUCUGCACGGAUAUCAUACAUCUCGAUCAACAGAAACUGUUUUACUAUAGAGGAAAUUAUGUUGCCAUAGUAGGUAACAACGGAGUUGGAAAGAGUACACUGUUGAAGUUGCUGCUAGGAGAGCUAGAGCCUAGAAUCGGAAAAUACAAUCAGCAUUCAGCUGACCAACUCAACGUUAAUGUAUCAUCCGUUGAAUACCUCGUGACGAAAUAUAACUUGGACUAUCAGGAGUCGCGAAAAAUGUUAGGCAGGUUUGGCCUACCGGGCCACACACACACCAUACCCAUCAGAGAUCUGUCUGGCGGCCAGAAAUCGCGUGUGGCAUUUGCGGAUUUGAACUGUAGCAAGCCCGAUGUACUCGUUUUGGACGAACCUACAAACAACCUUGACAUUGAGUCUAUAGAUGCCUUAGCCGAAGCUAUCAAUGAGUUCACUGGAGGUGUGGUGAUAGUUAGUCACGACGAGCGUUUGAUACGAGACACGAACUGUCAGUUGUGGGUGGUUGAGGAUCGCAACAUCGCUGAAGUCGAAGGGGACUUUGAUGAUUAUAGGAUGGAAUUGUUGAAAUCAUUGGGAGAGGAAGUCAUCAUUAAGCCAAAAUCAGAAGAGAAAUAA